UUGGCCUUUUUCUUUAUUCUCAAUGUACCUUGACAAAUUCGAGCUUUCCGGCUCUGCAGUCAGUAACGCGAUGAUGCUCGCGGCGACGUUAUUGUUUCUUUUGGCUGCGAUCGCUGUCGACGGCUGUCCGACCACGGAGUCGAGAUACUCGAUCCGUUACGACCUGAUCAAGCGUGACGUCAAAUCGUCCGAAUCGAUAAUCACCAGGAGGUGGGUCGCCGACGUAGACAAGUGUCGAAAUUUCGCCGAGAGCAAGCAGGCUCUGGCUUUUAAUUUCGUCGCGAGAUCUACUGCCGCUGGUCGAUCGUCGGCCAAUUGUUUUCCCCUGCGUUGCCCGGAAAUCGACGGUGAGCGUCGAUUGUUGAACGCGACCGGUUGGGAUUACUAUAGCGCCUAUCCGAUUGGUGCCGGGACCAACGAGUCGUUCACAGGAAACGGAACCGUAUCUUGCGUCGAGCGCGUUGGACUUUUCGCUCUCUUCACGGAAGAACAAAAUAUAACCGACGCUCGCGAAACUUGUCGCGCCGCCACACCUCUGGGUGGCUACCUCGCGGACGUUACCAGCGAGCCUCGGACCCGCGGCAUCUCCAAGCUCAUCGGCGAUCUGCUGGUCUACAUCGGACUUACGAACGACGCUCAGCAGCGCAGGUGGAGAAACGAGCUGGACGACUAUCUCUGGUGCUUCGAUUAUCGCGCCUGGGACGUCGGCGAGCCCUCGCACUCGCGGGGCUGCGUCGCUCUCUUUCGCCAAAAUCCCAAGACCGAUCCGGUCUGGAGGGUAGUAGCUUGUUCCAAUCGACUCCCGUUCGUUUGCGAACUGCCUCGUACGGCUGGAAAGAAGGCGUACUCUUAUGUGAAUUUUCUCAGAUCGAAAGACGUUAUUUCGUGAACGAGAGAGACAAUAAAUACAACGUUGAAUUUUUCAUCAAAUAGUGACUUUAAUGUAAUUUUGCUUUUGCGCGUACUUUUAUAUAUAUUUAUAUAUAUUUUUUCGUAUUUAUAAUAUAUAAUUCUGAAUAAGAACUAGCCGCUUAUGUACACAUAUGUACGAAUAACAUUCGUUACGAAAGAAGCGAGAAAAAUAUCUGUACUUUUAAAUUCAUUUUGAAUAUAUAUAAUAUUAUCUUAUCCGCACUUUUCACAUUCAAACAUAGGUUCACACGUCAGCAGUCAUACAAUCAUUAUUUACAAAUCAAUAUUUCAUAUUAUGCUUUACAUCAAUUUACUCGUGGAGAGCCGGUGAUAUCAUUUACGCUUAUCGCGAACUGCUUAAUAAUAAAUAGUGUCGAUUUCUUCCCCAUAAUUACAACGAUUAUUAAGUAAAAACUUUCGACAAUGGCUUAUUGUAUCACACAAAAAAAUGCAAAUUAAAAAUAAUGUUUUCCUCUCUCUUUCAGUACAUCAUCGCUUCGAUAAUUUCAUACACUUUCCUCAUAUCCGCAAAGUUCCUCUAUAUUUCUCGUCGCGUUGUGCGUUUUACGCGUUUUACAAUAUAAUAUCUCACAGCAUACAACGGAAGCAUCGACCUGCUUGCAACCUGGACAUGAUUGAUUACAACUAAUAUCGUUUUAUUACACUACUUAGAAAAGCUGCACGUUACUCGAGUUCAAUUCAUUUUAUCUAUAUCAUUCAAAUAACUAUAGAUAUAACCUUUAUUUGCUGCGUUUAAAAUACUUUACGUUUGUGACAACGAUAUCGAGCCAAGUUUUCUUAUAAAAAUAAUCGAGUAAGUACCGUAUUUGACAUUGUGCUUUUUUAUGCGCAUUCUUGAUAUAAUUUUCAAUUAUAUUAUUAUCAGUCAUUAUUAUCUCCUGCUAAAUUGGACAAUAUUUGCAUUUCAAUCUUGUACAAUAGUUUACAGUCAAAACACAUCUUUCCGUUCAGCAGUCCUGAGUGACUCUACUAUUUUUACAAUUGUUUUUGUAUGCUUGAACUUUGACAAUAAGAAAUCAGGCAAACAACAGUACAAUUAAUUUUUGUAUAGAAAAGUACAAAAUUGUGCUAUAAUACGCGUGUCUUUCGAGACAUACUCAUGUAUUUAUGCACAAUCAUUAAUAUUUCUUAGCAUAUUAAGUAGAUUUUUUGAUUGUAUUCAUUUCCAUAACUCGAAACAAUGCGUUUAUAUAACACCAAUACCAUCUUAACCCAAGCAAAGGCAAUUUAUAGUUAUUACCAUUGAUUUUAAGUAUUUUAAAAAAGCAAGUUUUUUGUGAUAAUUUUUAUAGAUCAAUGAUUUUGUAAGUACCUAGUUGCCCUACGAAGUACAAUGCUAUCAAGUCGUAUUAUUCAAAUCGUGCAACAGUAGAAAACGAUAAUAUUCUUUCUAAAUAAAAUUCAUGUAUCGAAUUUUGUUUAAAAAUGUAAUUUAAUAAAAUGAUUCAUGUUAUUUUAUCUUAAAAUCUAAUCACUGGUUGAUGCGAUAUCAGCAAUACUGGAUUUAAGAAUGGUUAAAAGACUGUUGGCACGAAUAGAUAAAAAUUGUAUACUUUGUUUCACCUCAUAUGUAAGUACUUAAAAAAGACGAAUCAUUUUAAGGUAAUAAUUUAAGAUGUAUGACUCAUCAAUGGUAGGUAAAUAAUAUGAUCCUUACUAUCAAAUUAUAAUUCCUUAAUUCAUAGUUGAAUUUUUAUAAACCUAUUAAAUUUUAAGUGGAAUGUGAUGUUUAUGUCGCUGUGAUGUCUCAGUCUGUUAAAUACUUGUCGGUGUGCUAUUACAUCAUAUACCUAUGAUUUACAAAAUCUAUUACUUACAAACCAAUAAAAUCUAUUAUACCUACAGCACAAUCAAUUAUAAUAAUAUCAAUAAAAUGCAGUAUUGAA